CCCGCCGGCCCCAGGAGCCGGCUGAGCCUGGCAAGUGUCUGGCAAGAGAUGGCCCGGGUUCCCGACCUGGAGGACGCCGCCCCGCGUGCGCAGCCCGCGCCCCAGCUGCCCCCGGCGGCUCGCGGGGUGAAGGCAGGUGAGCGCUCGGCCCGCGCAGCUCCAUCCCCAAAGGCUUCUCCUCGCGUGACCGUGGUUUCUUUAUCUUCCCUAAACCUGCAAUCAGAAAUGCGUGUAAGCAACGGCAACUCUUCCUCGGAAGAAGAGGACGCGGAGAACCCGGACGGCAAAGCCCCGGCCGCGGACCAGCGCCUGUCCCCGCGCAAAUCCGCGGCGCAGCUGAUGCGCGACAAGAAGCGGCAGGCACAGCGCACGCUGCAGUGGCUUGAAGAGAAUUACAUAGUGUGUGAAGGUGUCUGUUUACCACGCUGCAUCCUUUAUGCACACUACCUGGAUUUCUGCAGAAAAGAGAGACUGGAGCCAGCCUGCGCAGCUACCUUUGGGAAGACAAUUCGCCAGAAAUUCCCCCUCUUAACAACCCGAAGGCUUGGAACAAGAGGCCAUUCAAAGUAUCAUUACUAUGGGAUUGGCAUCAAAGAAAGCAGUGCAUAUUACCACUCCGUUUACUCUGGAAAGGGCCUCACAAGGUUUUCCGGGAGCAAGCUGAAGAAUGAGGGUGGUUUCACACGUAAAUAUUCUCUUAGUUCAAAAACGGGAACACUUCUUCCAGAAUUCCCUAGCGCUCAGCACCUUGUAUACCAGGGAUGUGUUUCUAAGGACAAGGUUGACACCCUCAUAAUGAUGUACAAAACCCACUGCCAGUGUAUCCUGGACAAUGCAAUCAACGGGAACUUUGAGGAGAUCCAGAAUUUCUUACUACACUUUUGGCAAGGAAUGCCUGACCAUCUUCUCCCUCUGCUUGACAAUCCUGUGAUCAUCGACAUUUUCUGUGUCUGUGACUCCAUCCUCUACAAGGUUCUCACAGAUGUACUCAUCCCUGCAACAAUGCAAGAAAUGCCUGAAAGCCUAUUAGCAGACAUAAGAAAUUUUGCUAAAAAUUGGGAACAGUGGGUUGUUUCAUCCUUGGAAAACUUGCCAGAAGCUCUCACUGACAAGAAAAUACCCAUUGUGCGGAGAUUUGUGUCUUCCCUGAAGCGACAGACAUCUUUCUUACACCUUGCUCAGAUUGCUAGACCAGCUCUCUUUGACCAACAUGUUGUGAAUUCUAUGGUUUCUGAUAUUGAAAAAGUUGACUUGAAUAGUAUUGGAUCCCAAGCUCUUACCAUUUCGGGCAGUGCAGACACUGAAUCUGAUAUCUACAGUGAACAGGAUUCCAUCACAGUGUUCCAAGAACUGAAGGACCUCCUGAAGAAGAAUGCCACAGUAGAGGCUUUCAUUGAAUGGCUGGAUUCCGUGGUGGAACAGAGAGUUAUCAAGACCAGCAAACAAAAUGGAAGAUCAUUAAAAAAGAGAGCUCAAGACUUUCUGCUGAAGUGGAGCUUUUUUGGGGCUCGAGUAAUGCAUAAUCUCACCCUGAACAACGCAUCAAGUUUUGGCUCUUUUCACCUGAUCCGAAUGCUUCUGGAUGAAUACAUUCUCCUGGCCAUGGAGACUCAGUUUAACAAUGACAAAGAGCAAGAAUUACAGAAUUUAUUGGACAAGUAUAUGAAGAAUACAGAUGCCAGUAAAGCCACCUUCACUGCCUCUCCAAGUUCCUGUUUCCUGGCCAACCGUAAUAAAGGGAGCUCAAUUUCCAGUGAGGUGGUGAAGAAUGAAAGCCACGUGGAGACAGCCUAUCUUCCUCUACCCUCCAGCCAGGCUGGAGGCCUGGGCCCUGCUCUGCACCCCUUCCCUGUUGGGGGCACGGACAGCAUGCAUCUUGCAGGUCAAAUGGAGCUUUCACAGAGCAGUGGUCCUUUGAUGACUCCACCCAUUUCCCCAGCCUUGGCCAGCAGAGGAAGCGUCAUCAACCAAGGGCCGAUGGUAGAGAGGCCUCCAAGUGUGGAUGCUGCGCUCCCAGUCACCUCUCACUGCUCCGUGUGCCCUGAGGCCAUUUACCCUGCUCUGCCCCAGGCCACCCAUGACUUCUAUGGGGCCAGCUCGAGCUAUCAGACUGUGUUCAGGGCACAGCCUAAUGCCUCCUCAGGACUCUAUCCUCGUUCAGAGCACGGCCGGUACAUGGUAUGGACGGAACAGCAGCUUUCCCGAGACUACUUCAGUGGCAGCUGUUCUGGGUCUCCAUACAAUCCCCGGCCAUCCUCUAGUUACGGGCCACCCCCACAUGCUCAGGAGUCGCACAGCAUGCAGUUUGUCAACACAGGGAGUUUCAACCUCCUGAGCAGUCCUGGGACUGUCAGCUGCCAAGGAGCAACACUGCCUUCUAAUUCUCCCAAUGGGUACUAUGGAAACAACAUUAGCUACCCCGAGCCUCACAGGCUGGGACCUUUCGUGAACCAGCACGUCUCUGUCAUCAGCAGUGUACGCUCUUUGCCUGCCUACAGUGACAUCCAUGACCCACUUAACAUCUUGGAUGAUGGCAGCAGGAAACAGGCUGGCUCCUUCUACUCAGAUGCAUCAACGUCAGCUUCCAACUUGCAAACCCCAAUUCCUUCCUCUUCAUCCCAGUGUAUGUAUGGAACUUCCAGCCAGUAUCCAGUGCAAGAAGCCCUGGACUCCCAUGGAGCAAGCAGUUCAGAGAUUGUGUCCUCUUUGCCACCCAUCAACACUGUGUUUAUGGGAACAACAGGCGGAGGUACCUAAACCAAUCGCACUGGAUGAAGUAGAAAUUUCAAACACUCCUGUGAAGGCUGUGAUGGAAAAGAAGGAAAUACCAGAGGUGGCAGCUGGAAAUGGUGGCACCCGUGCUACGGGGAAACUCCAUAGUAGAUGGCCCUGCUUGUGGUUUGCCUUGUGCACACAUAGCUUACAGUGUGAUCUCCUUGUUAAUCAUAGUUUGAAACACUAUCAAAUGAAAGCAGUGGAGAUUUGAAGAUAUGAACAUUUUAACUACCAGGAUUUACUAUUUUACUCUUUAAUUUAUUGAAAAUGUGUAUACUCCUUCUUCUUUGGUUUCUUAAAAAAAGUAUAUUUAAUGCCUUUAUAAUGCCUUUAAUUUAUUAGGCUCUGAGAAUCAUUGUUUACUAUCGCUUGUUUGACCAAAAGUCAAAAGUGUAUGUUCUACCUCCUAUGGAAAUGUUUACAAUGUCCACUUAAUUAAAUUCAGCCCAGACCAAAGGGGCUUGCCUCUCAAUUCCUGGAUACUAGCAGGAUGAUUCCUGUUACAUAGCAGUAGCCUAAUUCUGUGUAACUAAACAGAGAUGAUAGAUAUUUUCCCUCUAUCUAAAAAGAUAAGAAAUAAAUAAUG